AUGGAGAGACAGGCUUUCCUCACCUUCUUCCAUGCUUUAUUUUUUUCCUCAACCCUCCUCAAAUUUUCCAUUGCAGCCGAUACCUUAAGUUCAAGCCAAUCCCUGAGGGAUGGUGAAACUUUAGUUUCACCCGGCCAAAAGUUUGAGCUCGGCUUCUUCUCUCCCGGAAGCUCAAAAAACAGGUACUUGGGAAUAUGGUAUGUUAGAACCCCAGAUACAGUUGUUUGGGUUGCAAAUAGAAACAACCCAAUGAUAGAUGUACAAGGAAUCCUAGCUAUCAGUAGUGAUGGAGGAUUGAUCCUUCGAAAUGGAACUCAGAGCAUCAUCUGGUCAUCAAACUCAACAAGAGCGUCAGCAGAAGAAAUCACUCCAAUCGCUCAGCUCUUAGAUUCUGGAAAUCUUGAACUCAUUGAGAGAACAAAAACAUAUUCUGUCCUAUGGCAGAGCUUUGAUUCCAUGUGUGAUACCCGGUUACCAGGCAUGAAGCUUGGAGCAAAUACUAACACAGGUCUAGAUCAGCAUAUGACAUCAUGGAAAGCCGCCGAUGACCCAUCUCCAGGAGAUUUCACUUACAGAAUUGAAAAUAAUGGGUUGCCUCAAUUGGUUAUCACCAUGGGAUCAACCAAAAAGUACCGAUCCGGACCAUGGAAUGGACUUCGAUUCAGUGGCCAUCAAGCAGGCAACAAUCCGGCUUUUAAACCUGUAAUGGAAUUUAACAACACUGAAUUGAUCUCUUUCUAUGAACCAUUCAACUCUGUCAUAAAAAGAUCAACACUAAGCCAGUCAGGGUAUCUCCAACGCUAUGUACUGAAUGAAAAGAGCGGCAGUUGGGAUCUCAUGUUUACGGCACCAGCUGAUUUGUGCGACAGUUAUGGGCAGUGUGGACCUAAUGGUAUUUGCAGAACCAGCAAAGCACCGAUAUGCGAGUGUUUGAAGGGUUUCAGUCCAAAAUCCCAACUAGAAUGGGAAAUGCUUAACUGGUCCAAAGGGUGUGUGAGGAGUGUGCCGUUGAAGUGCCAGAAAGGAGAAGGGUUUGUGAAGGUUGCACGUGUUAAGUUGCCUGACCUCUUGGAUCAGUUUCAGCUGAACACUACUAUGAGCCUCAGGGAAUGCAAGGAGAAAUGCUUGAGGGACUGUUCUUGCAUAGCUUAUGCCAAUUCAAAUGUCAGUGGAAGGGGAAAUGGUUGUUUGAUGUGGUUUGGGGAUCUGAUUGAUACCAGAGAGUUCGUCCCACAAGAUGAUAGUGAGCAAGAUAUCUACAUCCGCUUGCCGGAAUCACUUUACCCAAAGAAGAAGAAGAAAAGACUUCUGAAGAUCUUACUGCUAUCAGCCACUUCAGGAACACUUACCUUCUGCUUCGUAUGUGGGUGCAUAAUCAUCAAGAUGAACAAAAAGAGAAGUCUAAAAGGAGAGAAAGAAAACUUGGAAUUACCUGUGUUUGAUUUGGCAACUAUUUCUGCUGCCACUAGAAACUUCUCGCAGGAAAAUAUGGUUGGAGAAGGUGGCUUUGGUCCUGUUUACAAGGGAAAGUUGUCGAUGGGACAAGAAAUUGCCGUGAAAAGACUCUCAAAAAGUUCCGGUCAAGGUCUAGAAGAGUUUAAGAACGAAGUUGCCUCAAUUGCAAUACUUCAACACAGGAACCUCGUCGCGCUUCUGGGAUGCUGCAUUCAAGGAGAAGAAACGAUGUUAAUCUACGAGUAUAUGAGCAACAAAAGCUUGGAUUAUUUUAUUUAUGAUCACAACAGAAAGGCAUUAUUGGCUUGGCAAAAGCGGUUUGACAUUAUCAUGGGGAUUGCAAGGGGACUUCUCUAUCUCCACCAAGAUUCGAAGUUAAAAAUAAUACACAGGGAUCUCAAAGCAAGCAAUAUUUUACUAGACGGCGAUCUGCUACCUAAAAUUUCUGACUUUGGAUUAGCACGAAUUUUUGCAGGAGAACAAAUAUCUGCAAAAACAAAAAGAAUCAUUGGAACAUAUGGCUAUAUGUCUCCAGAGUAUGCAAUUGAUGGAAAGUUCUCUGUGAAAUCCGACGUAUUCAGCUUGGGUGUUCUUUUGCUCGAAAUAGUGAGUGGUAAAAGGAACAGAGGUUUUAUUCAUCCUGAUCACCACCACAGCCUUCUAGGGCAUGCAUGGCUGCUAUGGAAUGAAGACAAGUCUUUGGAACUAAUGGAUACAUGUUUGAAGGAUUCAUGUGUUGAAUCUGAAGUACAGAGAUGCAUUCAAGUGGGCCUAUUGUGCAUUCAGAAACUCCCAGAAGACAGGCCGGCAAUGUCAACUGUAGUAUUCAUGUUGGGAAAUGAGGGUGGAGUGUUGCCUAUGCCUAAAGAACCGGGUUUCUUCAUUGAAAGAAGCUCCAUUGAUGAAUCAUAUACAAAUGAUGCAGCAAGCAUAACAACACUUGAAGCUAGAUAACGAUUCAUCCAAUCCACCCUUACAGUGUCAAAGACCACGCACGACAGAUACAAUCAAUCUCAUCAACCUAAAAGACAUCUUGUACAGGGGUCUGCCAAGUAGGCUAUACUAGCUUUCACAUUUUUGUCGAAGUGGAUAGUCGGAAAUUAUUGUCGAGCCAAAUAAAUUAC